UCAUUUCUUUCUUCAUACAACUCAUACAUCUUAAGCACAUGCAUGUGCAGGAACUGAGGAAACAAUUGGAAAAUCAAGUCAUAACCAUUGAUUGCUUGCGCAAAGAGAACUGUGCAGCUAUUGAGCAUAAUGAACUUGAGAUCAAAGACUUGAAAGCAUCAAUUUCAAAAUCUUACCUUGAUCAACAAGAAGAGUUGUGCCAAUUGUUAGAUGCCAAACAGAAGGAACUAGCAGAGGUUAAUAGAAUAUACGUUGAACAAAAACAUGCUAUGGAGAACCUUACUGAAAGAAUUGGUGCUUCUAUGUUGUCAUGUACUGAAGCAAAUGAAGUCAUAAAUAGAAAGUAGUAUUAUGUCACUCGAUGGAAGGUUGGUUUUGCAUCAGGAUCAGUCCAGGAUCCCUAUUGCUAGGAGGAGGAAAGUUGUGUGUGGUGGUCAGUUUGAUUAUGCAGAUCCUGGAUAAUGUUGAGCUUGGAGAUGAUAUUUCAAAGCAUGGAGCUGGACUGCUGAAGCUGUUCAAGUUUAAGAGAUAUUAAAUGUAAUUAGAGAUGGUUUAAAUCCUCUUGAAGGAUUAAAGUCAUUUUUUCUAUUUUUAGAACUUCUUGUUCUUUGAUUCUUGCAAUU